GAAGAUUACACCAUUGAAACGUCUGUCGUUAAAAUCAACCUUCUUCGCACCUCGUCGAAACUGGAAGAUUUUUCUCUUCAGUACAGAUAUUUUAAAGAUGUUGGUUGAUAACAAUGAUCAAGAUUCAAUGGAGAAAGGUGAAGCCACGAGCCAAAUCGAUGAUUAUUGUUCGCCUGCUAGCUUGGAUCCGGUAACCUUGUUGCCGAUUAAACCUGAUGGUAUGACACAAGAGGAAUUUGAGCGUACACUGCCUGAUCAAAAGACGGAGCGAUAUUUGGCUUAUAUUCGAGGAUUAAAGAAAAGAAAGUCGCCGGCGGAAUUCACGUCGCAUAUCAUUGACUUACGUCCUGAUGGAUACCCGCGACUGGCAGAAGUGAUUGCCUGUAAAGAGGAAUUCAUGAUGUACCGGAGGUUCGGCCAUUUGCAAGCACGACUUCUCCUCGACAAGCAAGAUGAGUUACGAGCUCUCGAAUUGCGACUAUCUUAUAUGGAUGAAGUAUUUGAAAAUAAGUAUCCUGAUCGAAAUUACUCUCGCGAGAGAGCUCACGCCGAGAGCACGGAUUACAAAAAUCUUCUUGCUAAAAUUGAGAGAAACAUGAAGGAGUAUGCUGAGUUGUUAACUUUCGCACAAACAUUCGCGAACUUCGAUCGACCGAUGGCAAGCGAUUAUCUUCAGGUCAAAAAUUACCUCGACUACAAGGUACGAUUGUGUGCGCGAGACCAAGAUUAUAUUGCCAAGCGGGACGACCUUAUCACCCUCAAGCCUAGUCGAGAGAAUACUUGGUUGGAUACAAAAAUCGAAGGAAUACCACAGCUCCUACCUUGCAAAGCGACCAGAUAUAUAUUCUCUACCACGGUUUGACCUGCGGCCAAUUUUUCGUUACAAACUCUACUGACCUCUCAGCCAGGAACUCCAACAGAAAACAGAUUCGAAAGAUUCCAAUAUCAUCCUCUCCAGCCCCGAACGCGUCAACAUGGUGGUUACAUUGAUAAUACUGGCGGCUGUCUUGAUUCUGUUGAUCGUGCCGGUCUUUCUACUGUGGUUUAUAAAUAAUCUCAACACUUCAAAACCCCUCAUUGGGGUCCUCAUAUCGUUGCUUUUGACUUUCACUCUGAUAUUUUCAGGUGUAUUGUCGGCUUUCACUCGAGCGAAACGACAUGAAAUAAUUGCCGCUGCCGCUGCUUACUGUGCGGUACUUGUGGUGUUCGUCGGAAACGUUGGACAAAUCAGCUCUUAACAUGCUUUUGAGCCUGCGAGAAAAUCAUCGUGCCUAGGGUUUGGCUGAAAGUUUUGGUAUGGCGUAGGGUCUCUUUACCAGGCUAAAUCGUAUGGCUAUGCGGUAAUAUAAAAUUAUGAGAGUGAUUGAACGAUAUACAAUGAGACAGUGAUAGUUCAAAUGUUGUGAUAGAACUAGACAAUGAGUCUUUCGUAUUUGCACUCCCAUUUCCACCCAAACUCUCACCUCUAUGGACUUUGAAGCGAUGUGUGCAACGCGCAGCCCCAAUGAUAGUUGGAGACCUUCAGCUCUCGUGCUAUUUUGAAGAGUUUGGGAAUAGGAGAGUUCUAAUUGA